AAAUCAAUCCACCGACCUCCCUUCACUUUCCAGCUCUGCGAAUACCCUUCUUCCCAUUUUCCCCUGCCUUUAUCAGCUAAAUAAAUAUAUACAUCCCCUCAGCUUCAACUCUCAAACCUCCAACCUCUUAAAAAAACAGAGCAAGCAAAUGCCCAGAAAAAAGAACAGCGUUCUGAGGAGAGCAAGGGCUCUCAUGGCUUGCCACUUCACUUCCAUCAGCAGAAACCUCCUGCUCUUCAAGAGAACCAAUAAGAGGUUCUCCCUCAUCAGCCAUUACAACUAUGGAUACAUUGGAGAGUACGAGUUCUCCCCUUCUGAUACUCCGGUCUUUCGACUCCCGUGGCGGCCGGUUCCCAAGAAGAGGAAGAGGUUCAUGUCCCUGCUUCUGUGCGGUGGGAAUGCUGCUGAGUCUAGCGUUGAUGGGGGUUGGGGAGAUGAGUUAGAGGUUCUGUCAAUUGCCCGGGAUCAAUCUGAGGCGUUGGAUUGGGAGGAGGAUGAAGCGUCGAUCGACCGGAGGGCCGAGAGGUUCAUACAGAGGUUCUAUGAGGAGAUUAGGAUUCAGAGGCGCAGGAGUUUGUAGAGUGUGCGAUGUAGUUACAUGUUACUGAUUGUUAGCCUGCAACAUCCAUUGGUUCACUCUGUCGAGUUUUCGUCGUCUCUCUGCAGGAGGGUUUUAGUAACCGUGCAGAGAUUUGUUUUGAUUUUUAUGAUGGUAUUGUUUGAUUCUGUUAUCAGAUUUUGUAACUUCUUUUGGACCCAAAUUUCGGGACA